UGUCAUAAGUGUCGCGUGUCAUUCGUGUUCGUUUAAAGUUUUAUUCCCAUUUAUGAGAAGAAGAACAAGGCUCGGGGGAGGUGGAUGCUGGUGUGAACUGUUAUGAGUGACACUGACAGGGUUACUAGUGAAUGAUGGCGACUGGAUAUAAGGUAACGGUAGAGCCCGUCCUCUUCCUGUACAUGUUGGCUGUGUUCAUGUUAUAUGCAGCACUGCAGGAUCUUAUCUAUACAAAGGUGUGUCUCCAAGACUUUGCAAAAAGAAUAUGCCAUGAUUUAUACAAUCCAGAAAAUCGCGAGGCUCUUGACGUUGUUCAGACAGGAUCAUCGCACUGGGUUCUGGGGUCAACCCUCAUGUUAGCCCUGCCUUCCAUUGUAACAGCUCAGUUCUUGGGCUCAUGGAGUGAUACAUAUGGCCGUAAAAUACCAAUGCUUUUGCCACCAGUUGGUGCAAUGUUUGCCAGUCUUCUCUACAUAAUCAUGAGCGUUCACCUGUAUCAGACACCUGUCAGCCUCGUUCUUCUGGCGUCCUUCCUCACAGGGUUAUGUGGAGGGUUCACGUCUUGCAUUCUUACUUGCAUGAGCUAUGUGGCACAGGUCAGCAGUUUUCGCACAAGAACCGUCCGUGUUGGGAUCCUGGAAAGCAUGAUCUUUAUGGGAGGAACCAUUGGCCCUCUGCUUGGCGGUUGGGUGCAGGAGGCCGGAGGAAGACCUGCAACAUUCACUGUCAUUAUGGCAUGUCAUGCAGCCAUUGUCAUUUACAUCAUACUAUGUGUUCGGAAUAUUCCACCAAGGCAUCCUCCACAGGGAUACUGGGUACGUGAUGGCUGUGGCUGCCAGCACCUGCGUGAGUCAGCAAGUACUGUGAUUAGGGAGAGACAGGAGAAUCGUCGAUCAUAUAUUGUAUUGCUGUUGGCAUCAGCAACAGUAGUCAUGAUUUGCACUGCUGGUGAAUUGGACAUAUCAUAUCUUUUUGUGAAGGACAAGCCAAUAGAAUGGGGCUUUGAGAAAUAUACAUGGUAUUUCUCACUGAAAUAUGGGCUAGGAGCUGUGGCACUGCUUGGCAUUCUUCCCUUAUGCUCAAAAGUGCCAGACACAAUACUAGCACUUAUAGGCCUUGUGAGUAAAGCUUGUGGCUUGGUGGUGCUCGGCAUUGCUUGGGAGGACACGGCUGUGUUUGUGGGAGCAGCAGUGUCCAUGCUGAGCACCUGGUCCAUGCCAACGCUGAGAGCUGCCAUGUCCAAGUUGGUCGAACCAAAUGAGCAAGGCAAAUUGUUUGCAUGCGUAGCUCUGCUUGAGAAUGCUUGUACACUAGUUGCUUCUGGAGUGUUCAACAGCAUCUACCCAGCAACGAGGCAUAUCUUCCGUGGGUUUACCUUCCUGAUGGCUGCAACGUUUCUUAUUCUGCCCAUUGUCAUAAUCAGUGUUCUACACAAGGCUCUGCGACAGUUCAGUAAGUAUGAUUCGGUGGAGCUAGCAGAGGAAGCAAGGGAGGAAUUUGAGGAUGCAGACAGUGACAGGAAUGUAUCCCCCACGGCCCAAGGAGAGGACGUUUCUCCCAGCCAAGAGGAUGGUUCUGGUGUAAGGGUUGAAGAAAGCACUCAGGAGCAGAAUUCUGGAACAAACAACAGUGAAAUAGUCACAGUAGCUGCAGGUAGUGAAGGUGUUUGAAGUAAAGCGUGCAGAAUGAAGUGAUGGGAGAUGGUAAAGGUGUGAUGAAAGAAUCUUUUGCUUGGUAAGAUUAAGAUAUGAUUUGUUGCUUUGUGUUAUAGUCUGUUGGUCACCCAGCUGUUCAAACCUUUUAAUUAUGGAUGAUGUAUUUAUUAUUUGAGAAUUCUGCAUACAGAUUACAAAGAACAAAGAAUAUGCCAGACAUGCUUUUGCAAGGAGGCAUUUUUCCAUGCAUAUUGCAAUGGAAAUAUUCCCAGUUCUUCAUUAU